AUGGGCGAAACCAGCGAGCGUGGUUAUCCACUUCCACUUUUCAUUCAUCACGUGAAGGAGUUCUACAGAGACAUUGACAAUUUCACGAGUGUGAUUCAUUCUUCGCAAGUAUUCGGAAAAGUGGUAAACACGCCCCCAAUGUUCAUUUGUCAACAGAGCGAAAUUGCAGGCAUCUGGAAAAGAUACGUUCCUCUCUCGUUUCCACAAAUCGGCCGAAUCUCUGUUGAAAUCACUGCAUGAAUUGGAAAGAAGGUUGACAAUUCGGCCACCGAACAAUAAAGUCAUAUUCGAGUGUACCCCGAUGAUGAUUUUCGAGAGGGUGCUCACGAGGCUCUUCUGCGAACUUCUGGGCGAACAGUCACGGAUGAAAGAGGAACUGGAAGUGGUGACGAAAGUGCUCAAGCCGCUCCGACUGAUGACUGACGUCUGCGAAGUCAAAGCAAUCGCCGAAAUCGUGGGUUCUUUUUUUGUAGAAUUUUGGCGCAAGUUCAGUGCUUGCAGGAAUGGCGCCGUUGCCUUGAAUUGGAAGCUGUGGCAGUGGUGAAGACGAGAGAAUUCCUCAAAAAGGGAAAGUAUCACAUGAGAGAAAGGAUCAGAGAUACGGAAAACCACACGGAAUGUCUGUGCGACAGCCUUCUUAAAGACGAGAAAACAAAGCAAAUCUUGAAGAGAAAAGCAGAACUGACAGUACAAAAGUACAAGGAUGAGGUAAUGGACGUGAAAAUAGUGACAAUGAGAUAAUGUUUUGUUCAGUUCUUCUUCUACCUCGCUCCCAUUCCGUACGAAGAACUGAGGACAGCAUGCGAGCACAUGAUCAUGGUGAACAACUUCUCCCCGUGUUAUCUAAAGAAUGUCGUUUCAGAACAACACGGUCCCGACUUUAGAACUGGAAAUGUUGAAAAGACCGCAGUCGACACGAUCAGGCCAGUAUACGGCACCAUCCAAUGCUCCUUCUCCAUUGGCAAUUCCGCCGAACCGCCCACGCAUUCGACAGUCAGAAGUCAGACCGCCAGUACCCCAAUACGUUCUCUCGAGGUCGUCCCGACUUCCGAUGCUCCCUGACCCGUCCCAAUGGAGGCCAUCUAUUCAAAGAGGUGCUCCGCGAGCUCAAAGAGGUCGACGAGGUGUCAGAGGACCGACGAUUGGAAAGUUCGUUCCGAGCAUGGGCAGAGGCAGACCAUUGCCUGGACUCACGCAGUCCAUGUACCUGCCAGGUCAGGCCGUGAUGGCUCCAGCCAUCCGAACCAUAACUUCUCGGUCUCCACCUCCUCCGCAAGUCUCUCUACCACUUCCUCCACCCGCUCCAUCGGAGCAGUCACCUGAAUUCGAGCCGUCUCGUGCCGUGCAGCGUUCUUCAGAAGAGCAGAAUAAUAAGCAACAUAAAACAGCACAGAAUUUGCCGAGUUCAGAAGAACUCGUCUCCAAAGACGCAGUUGCAAGUUCAGAAUCACAUGAAGCUCUCCCGCCUAGUUCGCAACAUGAACAGCGCAAAUCGGAGAAUUCUGAAAGUUCUGACUCUCGAAAGUCGAGUAAUCCAGAACCUGACAGAGCAACAGACUCGCAGGUUCUGCAACUCGCAAGAAAAGCAGCAGAGUGCGAAAUAUCAAGUCACACUGAGAAUCAGUCGAAAGAAAGUCUGAAUGCUUACGAACGAUCGCCUAAACCAUCGGAUUCCGAAGAUUACUCUCCGGCCUCGCCCACGUCAACAUCUUCAAAUGAUGAUUCGUCCACCGAUCAAUCGAUGCCGGAAGUGGAAGAGAAUGAGGGUAGAGAGAUUGCAAGAGAACUUGAUGAUAUUGAAGAGAAGGAUGAAAUUGACGAUGAAUCGAGUCGAAAGCAAGAAGAAGGUGGAAAAUCUUCAACUUUGGACGAUUCUGCUCAUGGCAGGUCUUCAGAAGACACUAAACACAGCGAUUCAGAUAAAAACAAUGGUAAUGAGACUUUCUCUAGUGUUCGCUAAUCGUGCUAAUCUUUCAGAGUCAACGACUACUUCCCCACAUUCGAUUGGUAAUCUUUUAGAACCACACGAGUCACUGUCACAGUCUGGAGGCAGAUCGUCGGCUUCUGAAGGUGAAUGAAAGCUUUGAGCAUUCGAAAAACGAUUUGGUUUCAGACUCCUCAAAUGACAACUCGGCCUCGGAAGAUUCAGUAGAUGAUCCACAGAAAGAAGAGGAAAGAAUUGCUUCUCGAAAGUCGUCGUCAGCAGAAUCGGACUCAUCCGUGCCACCUACAGAAGUAGCCACAAAAGCACCCAUUGGACCGAUUAUCACACACUCCGUUCUAGUACGAGAGGAAGAACAAAGGGAAUCUGAGCAACUUUCAGGCCCCAGUUAUCCGAAUGUUCCAGAAAUAGAGUCUGCAGAAGGUUAUUUCGUUGAUUAGAAAUGCCGAUUUCAGCUGUUUCUUCAUUUAUUUUCAGAACAACAUCCACUGCCAGAAUCAGAGAGCCGAAAAGCAUCAGAAACCAAUCCAGAGGUGGAAAGAGGAGAAAAAUCUCAAUCACCUACAGCAGCUCCGAAAAGAGAACAAAACGUAA